GAGUGGUCUCUCUCCCCCCCCCCUCUACCCUAAAACACACUCACCCACUUCUUCUGUAUAAACCUCUCUCUCUCCUCUCUUUUUCCUCCCUCUCUCUCCUGCCAUGAAAAUCGCAGUUCCUCAGAGACAAAACCUCCUCAGAAAUCUCACAUCUUUGAUGACUUUUGCUUCCUUUCACUUUAUUGUCCGAACGCUCUGAAAACUUUCUCUGAGACCAAAAACAAACGAAUUAAAAGAGACUUAUUUAAUAACAUAAACACAAAAAAAAAAAAACCAAAACCGAACCCCAUGGCCGAGAAUCUCGCUUGUGGUGAGACCAGUGAGUCAUGGAUCAUUGACAACGACGACGAUGAAACCAACUAUGGCGGCAGAUUCAUGAAUAGUCAUCAACUUUUCGGUAAAGACGACAACUUUGGCGGCAACGGAUCAAUUCCGAUGAUGGGUUCUUCUUCGACUUCGUUGAGACAAGACAGAAUCAGAGAGAUGCUGGAGAAAGAGAUUGAGUUUUGCCCUGGAGCUGAUUAUGUUAAGAGAUUGCGUUCUGGGGAUUUGGAUUUGUCUUUUAGAAACCAAGCUUUGGAUUGGAUUUUAAAGGCUUGUGCUCAUUACCAUUUUGGACAUCUGUGCAUUUGUCUAUCCAUGAACUACUUGGAUCGGUUCUUAACAUCCUAUGAAUUGCCUAAAGACAAGGGUUGGGCUGUUCAGUUACUAGCUGUCUCUUGCUUAUCAUUAGCAGCCAAAAUGGAAGAAACAGAUGUGCCUCAAAUUGUUGAUUUACAGGUGGGAGAUCCCAAGUUUGUUUUUGAGGCCAAAACAAUAAAAAGGAUGGAGCUUUUGGUACUCAACACAUUGAAUUGGAGAUUGCAAGCUAUAACUCCAUUUUCUUUUAUUGAUUAUUUCGUCGACAAGAUCAGCAAUCACGUGUCAGAGAAUUCGAUCUAUAGAUCAUCACGAUUCAUCUUGAACACCACCAAAGAAAUUGAAUUCUUAGACUUCAGGCCUUCUGAGAUAGCAGCAGCAGCGGCAGUGUCUGUUUCCAUUUCAGGAGAAACAGAAUGCAUUGAUGACGAAAAGGCUAUUAUGUCUAAAUUCAUAUAUGUAAAACAGGUAAACUCAUCAAAUAUAUUCAGCUUUGGUUUGGUUGUAAUGACUUGAUUGUUGCAAGA